CAGACCGCGCGACAGUCCGUCUUACGACUACAACUGCAGCAGACCAUUGCCACGAGCGUUAUACGCCUAGCGCGGUAUAAUAACACACUGCAGCUCGACGCCGUCGCCGCCGCCGCCGCCGCCACCACCACCACCACCAAACACAUACACACACACCCACACGUACACGCCGCCCGUCGUGAGACACCUAUACACCGACCGCCGCCGACAUCCCCACCGACCCCUCGUAAGCCCACCGAAUUUAAAAAAAAAAAAAUUAUAAUAUUUUUUUUUUUUCAAAUUUUUUAUCCGGAUAAAUUUCGCGGUAUCGAAAAUUUUGGGAAAAAAUUUUUUUUCCCCUUUCAGCUAUAAAUUUUUUCCGCUCGGCGUCAUUAUUUUUAUAAUACAUACAUAUAUCAUUAUCGUACUUUUCGUUCUUUCGUCCGCCCGCGAGAACCGGUCCCGUUCAGCCGCCGCGGUACUGUACCCCACCGCCGCCGCGCCACAGCAGCCACUGUACACGCUGCUACGCCAAUCUCGCCCGCACAAGACUGCGAUAUUAUAAUAUAUAUAUAUAUAUAUAUAUUUAUAGAGAGAUAAGUCCGAAAACCCACGUGUGGUGGUCAUCGUCGUCCGUCUUCGCUUGUCUAUACUGCAGACUGCGCACGCACGCAACAAUAAAUCUCGUCCAGAAUCGGUUCGUCCGCUCCCGUGUCAGUUAUAAUAAUAUUGUAACAUUAUUAUAGACACGUUCUUGGAGUAGCACUCACUGCCGAAACUACCUGCAGUAUAGGUACGCCACGGGACACUACGUACACCACCCAGUGAGCCGGAAUCGGACGGAAAAAACGCAUCAGACCGGAGAGGGAAGAAUCGUUGGCGCCGCAGCACACUGUCGUCGGUCCUCUACGGAGACAAAACUAUAACGUCCGGCGCGUACAGUAGUCGUCAUAGUGCAUUGUUAGUCGCGUGAACUCGGUCGUUCAUUGCCAUUAUAGCUCUGCACCCGACAGAUACUCCCGUCAACCCGAUUUAUCGUCGCCGUCCGUUGUAACGCUUCACGCGCACGUACAAAAUACGAUACAGACGUCCGGCAAACGAACAGAGCUCUUUUUCACGUUUUUGGCAAUCAAACGUAUAGAGACCGUGAUAUAAAAACAGCGAUAACAUGGCCGUAGUGAACAUGAACAAUUUGCUGAACGGCAAGGACUCAAGAUGGCUGCAAUUGGAAGUGUGCAGGGAAUACCAGCGGAACAAGUGCUCCAGACCCGACACGGAUUGCAAGUUUGCGCACCCGGCAGCUAACGUGGAGGUUCAAAACGGACGCGUCACCGCAUGCUACGAUAGUAUAAAGGGCAGGUGUAACCGAGAGAAACCGCCGUGCAAAUAUUUCCAUCCACCGCAGCAUCUCAAGGACCAGCUGUUGAUAAAUGGUCGUAACCACUUGGCCCUAAAGAAUGCAUUAAUGCAGCAAAUGACUAUGGCUGCUAGUCAACAGAUAGUGCCGGGGCAAGUUCCUACAGCAGUGGCAGCGCCAACAGCAUAUUUGACCGGAAUCCCUGGCGCGAGUACCCAGGUCGGCAACACUUACACGCCAUACUUUAGCGCCGCCGGCCCGUUGAUUGGACCGACCACAAUAAUCACUUCAGAUCCGAACAAUCCGCUGGCAAUGGCUGUACAGCAGACAAUGGUUACGCAACAGAAAAUGCCUAGGAACGACCGUCUAGACAUGGAUAUGAAAGCCGUUGGAACAUAUUAUUACGAAAAUUUUGCAUUUCCGGGAAUGAUGCAGUACAAACGAACCGCGGGCGACAAGUCUGGAAUGCCGGUGUUUCAACAAAAUACGGGAGCUUACCAACAAUUGCUUCAGCCAUUCGUGCCAACCCUAUCUUUUGCUGCACCACCGGGCAUCCCGAGGUAUUAACAUAACGACUGCGAUCCAGAAAUCAAUCUGUGUUACACCAUGCAUCCAUUGAAUGUAUGGUCGUGGCCUAAUAUUUAUUAACAAAAUCACGUUCGAUUCAAGUCAUCAGUUUAAUACACAGUAAAAAUUUUUUAUAGUGUAUUGCAUUACAUAUAUAAUUCAUAAAUAAUAUUGUAGAAUACGAAUUGAAUAAUAUUGAACAAUAAAAUAAAUUAGAUUGAUUUAAGUUUCCUUUAUCCAAUAUUUAAAAUAGGUCGGAAACUAAUGUCAAUGAUAAUUAAUCUAACUAGAAACGAUGCACUUUGUAUUUUGUUAACAAAAGUAAACUAUUUUACAUAGAGAAAUGUUAAAAUACUAUUAAACUAUUUAAAUUGUAUAGAAUCAGGUUGGUUUCUCACUAUUUAUAAUAUGUAAA